AUGGAGCCUCCCCAGCCUACUUUUUCCUUUCUCACGCUCAUCCAUCACUUGGUGAAGCAAUCACAUGAUGAAUUGAAAAGAUGUGUGGUAGAAAUAAAGAAAGGAAUGGAGGCUAAUGAUCAAUCGACUCGGGAAUCAUCGGACAGGGAAGCUUUAAUGAAAAAGCAAAUUUUGUAUCAAUACUUUCAAGAGACUCGGGAGAGGUUCAUCCGAUUGCUUGUAUUGUUGAGAUGGUCAAAGAAAUCAAAGAAGACUCUGGAUAAAUUGAACCAGGUGGCAUCAUCAAUGGAAAUGAAAGCAAACGCGUUCGAUUUGGCUGCCUUUACAUUGUUUUUCACAUCUAAAAAAGUUGCAAGCUUGAUUGAACCAGUAUUUGAUCUUCCUACUGCUAUUGAUGUGCUAACGACUGGAACAUACCCAAGACUUCCGAACAUUAUGCAACAGUUUCGAGGAAAUUUACAAAAUAUACAUGAGGAUUUUACUGUAAAAGACAAAGAAAAGGCUGUUUCCAAACUAACAGAUCUUAUUCGCAUGAAAUUAUUGCAAUGUACAAUACCACCAAAUAUGUUUGUAAAUAAGCUGGAGAAUGGGCAAGUGAAUCUCAUUGCUGAGAAUGAGUUUUCUAUUAUCAUGACAUUAAACCACAAACAAGACUUGAGUGGAGGUUCGGAUGAUGUCAAAUAUUUUUGGCAAAUUAUUUAUUUGGAUUUGCUUGUGAACGAGGUUGGAGUUACUGUGAGUCCUUUAUAUGAUGAGCUUGUUCAUGGAAAACUUGUUCCUGUGUUGCAAAAAAGACUUUAUUUUCUUGAUGAAUCUGAUACAGGUGUCUCUUGUAUGGUUGAUCUUUACAAUACUAUUCAUGCAGUGGUUGUAAGGAUAGCAAUGGAUAUUCUUACAAAACAAGCAAAACAGCUACGAUGGGGAAAUGAUGUUAUUAGUUGUGAUACGUUUAAUGACAAUAUUGAUGAAGAUCUUUCAUUGUCAAUCAAAUAUUGGAUCAAGGCUCCACCCAUGAUAACUUUUAUGGAAAAAUAUACAUCAACCGAACCUGGAGUUGCAGACGAAAAAUCAACCCUACUUAAAGAGAAGAGUGCUAGAAAUGAGAUUAGAAUAUUUGUGGACAGAUCAAAACAAAUUAUUUUUGAUUAUCAACCAAAAUUGAAAUUGAAUUUCUCACCACAAAUUAAUAUGUCAAAGAUUAAUCUAAGCCAAACAAUAACGGAAUGCAUAUAUGCUCAUACUGUGGAAAGACUAUGUUGCAUUCGUACUCAUCUUUUGAUAGAAAGGAUAUUUGAAAAUGUUGUGCUUAUAACUGAUCCAUCCACAAAUCAAGCAGAACUAGGUAUUAAUGUCUUUGAAGACUAUAUGCUUAGAUUAAGCAUUGAUUGGAAAACUGGAUAUUUUCUUCUAUCUCUAUCAUGUGACGAUCAAAUGGUGAAUGUCGACUUCUCUGACAUUCUCUUCCGUCUUAACAAUAUAGAUAUCAGGAAAGUCAAGUUUUCUCAAGUAAUCACAGAUGUUCUAGAGACUGCAAGAAAACGUACUAUCAUUUAUGCAUACAAAUCUGCAGCCCAAUUGUUAGAGUUGGAUGUAUUUCCAACAUUGUUUGAAGGUGGUUCAGGAACUUUGGACCAAACUGUCUACUUUGCGUUUCCCAACAUCAGUACGGCUUUUAUCCAAAUUAAGGCUGUUGAAUUUGCAUAUAUGAGAUCAAAGCCAUUAGUGUCAUGCCGAAUAAUUAUCGAAAGACAUCCAAAGCUAAUUGAUAUUUCUGUACCUUCAUCUCUCUUCUUGGACGUUUCUCUCAAUUCAGACGAAGAAGAAAAUGAAAAUAUUGGUGAACCUAAUUCCAAACGCGUGAAAAGAAUGAAAAGCGCCUCAUUUCAGAACACACUUGUAGCAUUUAGACAUAUUAAGCAAGUGAUUAAUUCCACCAAGCACAAGGUUUCUUUCAGCACCAUGUUGAGACAAGUUCAGGCCUCAUCCAAAUUCUCCUUUGAAUUAACAGAUCAAGAAUAUGAAAUGAUCAUUUUACCAAAUGAAAGUUGCGGCUUGAGCUAUUUUGACAUUGAUUACAUUUCACUUUCGGUGGACGUGGACAAUGCACAAUGGGUGGCAACAUGUUAUGAAAGAAAGCCACUUCCUGUGAUUAUUCCAUCAGACGUCGCUUCAAGCAAUUAUGUGAACGGUAGACUUACCUUCAAGUACAGCACUAUUAGAAACUCUAAGAAUGUUUUUGAUGAUCUUUAUCAAGAUUUGCUCUCUGUAGAUAAGAUGUAUCCCCUCGUAUUGCAGUUAAUUGAUCCUAACCCACAAUUUGCAGUGCUUCUUAAUCAAACGUGCAACAUUGAGUGGGCAUCCCACACUAAAAUUCGAUUAGAUUACGGAAAAUCUGGAUAUAAGGCCAUGAUCAAGUGGUCAGAGAAAAAAUUUAGAUUAGUUUUACAUCCAACCAACAGAUUUGAAUACGAGCUAGAUGAUUAUCUAAACAAAUCUGUUCGUAAUGAUCCAUAUGGAGAAUCAAUGUUCAAGUUGACACAACUUUUACUCAAAUUUGUUCUACCUCUGAAUAAGCUGAAACAGCUUUUAAGUGAUAGAAAUCCAACAGCUUGGUAUAUAAUUCCAAGAAGCGUCGCGGAAUUUAAAGUGAUUUAUCAACAAACAAUUUCUGACAAGGCUUACAAUAGAGAGUUCAUGGUUACAUGCAAUCCUACUAGCAUUAUUGAAAUUAAGGAAAUUCAAGUUCAUGACACUACUAGAGAAUUAUUCCAAUUAACAACACAAUCGUAUGGUGAUGAUCUUGAUCAAGCAAUAUUCAAGUUGAAGAGAUAUGUUGUUUUACCAAAGGUCCUUGAAAAUAUGAAAGCUACUAUUGAAUUUCAACAUCACCAGGCUCCACACUAUAAUUACACUCUUGACUGCAAGGAUUAUGAGCUCAAGAUCAGCAAAAUAACCUCAAAAUCAGGUUCAGUUCUUAACGAAGCUGAAGAAGAGUUUUUAAAAGAUGCCUUUUCAAAAUGUUAUCUCAACGCUGCAAUUUACAGUGGAGUUCAUUUGUUAGGAUCAUUUUACUCUAAUUCCUUUAUUCAGAUUUUAUUCUCACCACCAGCUUUAUUGAAAGAUUUUGUUCAAACAUGGCAGGCAUUGAAGGACAGGAUUGAUUUUGUGUUUUUCGUACCAUACCCUUUUCACGCUUUUAGUACAAGCCAUUUGCAUGAUGAUAGCAAGUCCUAUGGUGAAUUGCGUGUUCCAAAAGUGUUUGCCAAUGCUGUCGCUUCCAGUGAUAGACUGGUCGAAAAAGAGAGCGGUACUAUACGUUUCUUUGUGAGAGUCUAUAUCCAAGAUGACUACAUUGAUUUGCCAAUCCUACUUUCCCAAACUUCUGAACCUGUCAAAUUCUUGUUUGGCAGUCCUGCUGCUGUACAUAUUUCUGCUGGAUCUAGCAUAAUUGAACAAUCAAAGCACUUUGUAUCUCCAGGCUCUUCUAUAGAUAAUCCAUUAUUUCGAUUAUUAACUUAUGUAUUAGACAACUGCACCAUCCAACAACUCAUGGACAUGCAACCUUGA